AUGGUUGCUUGUCCCUACAUCGGCAAUGGCCCCUACGGCACCAGCCCUCGCUCGGCCGCCUCCAGCACCAGCAACGUUACCGGCGCUAAGCUCGACGCUGAGCAAAUUGAGAGCAUCUUCCAGGGCAUGAACAAGUCCCAGGAGUCUGUCCCUGCUGGAUCUUCUUCCUCUCGCCGCUUCUCAUGGUUCUCUCGCCAGACCAAGAAGCUCAACCGUCGCAACUCGGAAAAGCCUGCCUCCAAGUAA